UUCAUCGCGUAGACACCUCUGCUGUAAAGAUGGUCAAUGUACCUAAAACUCGAAGGACUUUCUGUAAAAAGUGUGGCAAGCACCAGCCUCACAAAGUGACCCAGUAUAAGAAGGGCAAGGAUUCCCUUUACGCCCAAGGAAAGAGGCGUUAUGAUCGGAAGCAGAGUGGCUAUGGUGGGCAGACAAAGCCAAUUUUCCGCAAGAAGGCUAAAACCACGAAGAAGAUUGUUCUAAGACUUGAAUGCGUUGAACCAAACUGCAGAUCCAAGAGGAUGCUGGCCAUCAAGAGAUGCAAGCAUUUCGAACUGGGAGGAGACAAGAAGAGAAAGGGCCAAGUGAUCCAGUUUUAAACUUUUUGAUUUUUUUUUUCCCAUUUAAUUUUGAUUCGAAAAUACUGAAACUAGAAAAAUUACCUAUAGGGAAAUAAAUGACAAUUAUAUAAUCAUA